AUGUCACUUGAAGAAGAGGACAAUAGCCCAUUUGCACAAUCCACAAUCCAAGAUGACGAGUUCAUUGACCUGCCAUUAGAAGAAGACGAGGAGGAAGAAACCAGCGUGAAGAAUGAUGCCACCGAGCAAAAAUCGUCUUCAAGUGCUCCUGUUAACAGCGAUAUCCCAGAUUCACCAACUACAUUGUCAACCGCUAGUCAACCACCAACAGCAAAUAACUAUAAUACUGGUACACAAGCUUAUAAUCCAGAUCUGUAUUCAUCAACUUCGCAAUUGGCAUUCAAAGAUAAAGAAUCGUUGAAUAUUGAAAUUAUCGAUGCUGGUAAAAGUCGAGAAGGUCAUAGCAGAGGAUAUAUCGUUUAUACAAUCAAGGUCAAUGGCGCCCUAGUGAGAAGAAGAUAUAGUGAAUUUGAAAGUUUGAGAACAAAAUUGACGAAGCUAUUUCCUACAUUGAUUAUACCACCAAUUCCUGAAAAGCAUAAGAUUACUAAAUAUGCAACUGCACCUACUAAAGCUAAAGAGGAUUCACAUAUAAUUGAACACAGAAGAAGAAUGCUCUCUGUUUUCUUGAAAAGGCUAUUGGAAAUAGACCAGGUGCGUGAAAGUCAAGUAUAUCACAGCUUUUUAGAUCCAAAUGCAAAUUGGCCAGAAGUUUUAUCAUCCCCACCCAUAUCCACUAUUCCUAAAAAUAUAUUACAAGCUGAUCCUUUUGACCCUGCUAAUUCAUCAGCUGCACAUUCAUAUCUUCCUAUCCCUUCAAGCACUGUUAUUGUGGUUAAAGAAACAGCAGAUGAUGCACAUUUUAAUCAAGUUGAAGCUAAUGCUAAAGAAUAUGAAUCAGUUAUCUCAAAUGGUAUCGAUAGAAUAAAUAAGAAAGUUGUCAAACAUAUAAAUGAUGUCUCAAAUGAGUUUUCAGAAGCCGGGGCUGCUUUUAAUGCUUUCAGUCUUGAAGAAACAGGGAAAUUAGCAAAUAUCUUAGAGAAAAUUGGUCAAGUUCAUGAUAAUUCAUAUUUAUCAACUGAAACAUUAGUAAAUACUUUGAAUUUUGAAUUUACUGAACCAUUAGGAGAAUCUGUACAUUUCGCUAGUGUUGUGAAGGAUAUCAUCAAAUUUAGACAGCAAAAAUCACUACAAUUGGACAUUACAGCGCGUACGCUCAAACAUAAAUACAAUCAAUUGAAUUUGUUACAGAGAACUGAAGAAGAAUCUAGAAGAAUUGAUGAAGCUUUGAAUGCUGAGAGUGGUAAGACAGGGAAAAUAAAUUUUGAUCGGAAACAAGCUGAAAGAGAAGCUCAUAAUAAAGCAGCAUCAAAUGCUGGGUUAAGUCAAAGCUCAAUGAUAACACCAUUGGAACACAAGAAAACAUCAAUGUUCAAAAUACCUGGUAUUUCCAAAAUAAGUAGUGCAAUUAAAGAAGCCAUAGAACCAGACCCAGAAGUCACACGUCAUAAUAAUUAUACCAAAACCAAGGAUGAUAUAAAUCAAUUAAGACAGACAGUUGAGGCUGCUGAGAAUGAUUUGAAGAAGGUAACAGAAUCUGUCCAUAGUGAAUUGGAGAGGUUUCAAAUACAAAAGGAAGAAGAUUUGAAGAAAAUGAUAUUGGCUUAUAGCAGUAGUAUUUUGGACUGGUCAAGGAAAAACUUGGAAUUUUGGGAAGAGGCUAAAGCUGAAGUAGAUAAGGUAUAA